AUGGAUUAAAAAUCAAAUGAAAUGGAAAUGGCUAUGGUACAUCUUGCCAAACCAGAAAUCAAUGACUAAACUGAAAUAUAUAAGGUUUACAAAAGGAGAUAUAUUAUGGCAUCAUUUUUUGCAUUUUCAACUGUAUUUCAUUACCUAAUUUCAAGAUCUGUUCAUCUAUGAUGUUUUCAACUUGUAAUCCAAUUGCAUCAGUUUUAGCAGCUGUUUAUGAAAUACCAACAUUUGUAGUUUCAUUAGCUGCAAAUGGAUUUCUAUUGAUGCAUCCUCUCUUAACUAUUGUAUGUAAUUCAAUCAAUCUUAAAAACAGAAACAUUUAUUGUCAAUCAAACAGAUAUAUCAGUUAGUCUAAAAAUUGGAUGUGCAUUAACAUUACUAGGUGCAUUGAUCAGAACUGCCACAGUUAUUACAGAGAGGUUGCAUUGUUUCACUAAAAUAUAGAUUUUAUACUAUUAUUUUGGGUUCACUUGUUGCAGGAAUGGGAAGACCCUUCAUUAUCAAUAUUCAAGCCAAUGUUGCAAAGGAAUGGUUCAGACCAGAAGAUAAAACAACUGUUAUGAUUGCUUUUUCUUUCAUUAUUACAUGUUCAAGUGUAUUUGGGUACAUUACAUAAUUUAUUUCAUAUAGUGUUAUAGUACCUGGUUAAAUAUUCAAGGGUUAUAAAUAUGAAACAGAUCCAGAUGAUGGUAAAUGGUUAACUGGAAAACUGAUGGUUAUAGAAUUAGAAAUCUUUAGUGCUAUUUUAAUUCCUGCCAUUUUAUUCUUUAGACCAAGUCCACCUACUCCACCUGGUCCAAUUAAUAAAUCAAGAGAUGAGUUUACAUACUUGUAAUCUUUAAAGAUAACAGCAAAAAAUAAAAAUUUUGUAAUUCUUACAUAUAUUAUAUGAUUAGAUCCUAUUGUUUAUUUGUUAUAGUCUAUUAAUGGGUGGAUUUCAUGCUUUAGCUGUUGUAAUUUCAUACCUUUUUAAUCCAUUUGGUUUUACUCCCUCAUAAACUAGUUUUAUAUGUAUAUAAAAUAAAUUUUAACAUUUUAGAAAGUUCACCUAUUAUUUGUGGAUUUGUUAGUUCUGUUAUGUAUUCGAUAUUAAUAAGAAAAUAUCAUUUAAAUCAUAAGAAAAUAGUUUUAUUUAAUUUAAUUCCAGUAUUAGUUAGUUUGGGAUUGAGCUAUUUUGCAUUAAUGACUGAAAGCUUACCUCUUGUGUUAUUAUGCUAUUCAGUAUAAUAAUUUAUUUUAAUAGGUUCUUGGCUUUUUUGUGAUUCCUUGCAUACCAUUAUAACUAGAAUUAGCAUGCAAAGUCUUACAUCCUAUAAAUUAAACAAUAGCAGUAGGAUUUUUAUUAGCUGGUGUUCAUAUAUGGAGUUUUGUUUUUGGUGAGAUUCUUUCAGUAAUAACCCAUGAUUAAAAUAAGUAUAUUAAAUCUUUUAAUCAUUAGAACUCAAGCAUUUUAUGGAUGUUUAUUAUUAUUUUUAUCAUUUCUGGCUGCUGCAAUCUGUUUCUCUAGAGUUAAAUUACCAAAAGAAGAUGAGGAAGAGGAAACUACUUAAGUUAAUCAAUCUACUCAAGAAGGAAUAUGA